CGCGACGCGCGCGAGGCGGCCCGGCAUACGGGCUGCCUGUCAGAAUCUCGGACGAAGAAUUCUCCGUUCGUCCGCGAGCCCUCGGCUUCGCGCCGGGCCUCGGUGUCUCUGCUCGGGCCGGCCCGGGCGGGCCGAGGAGCCGAGGGUCGGGGCUGUGCCCCCCAUGCCACCUUCCCGGCGCCUCGCACACCCUGGCCCGUGGUUUCUUAAGACAGCCAUUUUUGACUCUCCAAGGGCCGACACCAUGGCGUUCCCUCAUCUGCAGCAGCCCAGCUUCCUACUGGCUAGCCUGAAAGCAGACUCUAUAAAUAAACCUUUUGCACAGCGGUGCCAAGACUUGGUUAAAGUCAUCGAGGAUUUUCCAGCAAAGGAGCUACAUGCCAUCUUCCCGUGGCUGGUGGAGAGCAUUUUCGGCAGCUUGGAUGGCAUCCUCGUGGGCUGGAACCUUCGCUGCCUUCAGGGACGUGUAAGCCCAGUGGAAUUCAGCAUUGCAAUGGAGUUUCUAGACCCAGGUGGCCCAAUGAUGAAGCUGGUGUAUAAGCUUCAAGCUGAAGACUACAAGUUUGACUUUCCCGUCUCCUACUUGCCUGGCCCUGUGAAGGCGUCCAUCCAGGAGCGCGUGCUCCCUGACAGUCCUUUGUUCCACAACAAGGUCCAGUUCCCCACCACGGGGGGGCCGAGCCUGCACCUGUGCCUCAAUCCGUUUGAGUAUUACAUGUUCUUCUUCGCUUUGAGUCUCAUCACUCAAAAGCCUCUCCCUGGGGCCCUCCACGUCCGAACUUCAGACUGUGCCUAUUUCAUCCUGGUGGACAGGUACCUGUCAUGGUUCCUGCCCACAGAGGGCAGUGUGCCCCCUCCACUCUCCUCCAGCCCGGGAGGGCCCACUCCAGCGCCAGCUCCCAGGACACCAGCUAUGCCCUUUGCUUCCUAUGGCCUGCACCACACCAGCCUCCUGAAGCGACACAUCUCUCACCAGACGUCUGUGAAUGCAGACCCCGCUUCCCAUGAGAUCUGGAGGUCAGAAACGCUGCUCCAGGUCUUUGUUGAAAUGUGGCUUCACCAUUAUUCCUUGGAGAUGUACCAAAAGCUGCAGUCCCCACAUGCCAAGCUGGAGAUUCUGCACUACCGACUCAGUGUCUCCAGCGCCCUCCACAGCCUCCAGGCCCUCCACGCCUACCAAGAACCCUUCUCCCCCACAGAGGAGCACGUGCUGGUGGUGCGUCUGCUGCUGAAGCACCUGCACGCCUUCUCCAGCAGCCUGAAGCCCGAGCAGCUGUCACCCUCUGCACACUCACAUGCUACCAGCCCACUGGAGGAGUUCAAACGGGCUGCCAUCCCCAGGUUUGUCCAGCAGAAGCUCUACCUCUUCCUGCAGCAUUGCUUUGGCCACUGGCCCCUGGAUGCGUCCUUCAGAGCUGUGCUGGAGAUGUGGCUGAGUUACCUGCAGCCGUGGCGGUAUGCCCCUGAAAAGCAGGUUCAGAGCAGCGACAGCCAGCCCCGGAGUGUGUCUGAGAGAUGGGCACCCUUUGUGCAGGAAAACCUACUCAUGUACACUAAGCUCUUUGUGGGCUUCUUGGGCCGCGCACUCCGCACUGACCUGGUCAGCCCCAAGAACGCGCUCAUGGUGUUCCGUGUGGCCAAAGUCUUCGCCCAGCCCAACCUGGCUGAGAUGAUCCAGAAAGGUGAGCAGCUGUUUCUAGAGCCCGAGCUCGUCAUUCCCCACCGCCAGCAUCGGCUCUUCACAGCGCCUACAUUCACUGGGAGCUUCCUUUCAUCAUGGCCCCCAACUGUCACUGACACCUCCUUCAAGGUGAAGAACCACGUGUACAGCCUGGAAGGCCAGGACUGCAAGUACACCCCAAUGUUCGGGCCCGAGGUCCGGACGCUGGUCCUGCGCCUGGCUCAGCUCAUCACGAGGGCCAAACAGACAGCCAAGUCCAUGUCUGACCAGUGCGGAGAGUGCCCCAGCAGCCACCCCUUCCUGGCCUGGCUGGGCUUGUGCUCCACUGACACCAGUGGCUCCUGCCCCACCAACGACCUGGACGAGAUGGGGCAGGACAGUAUCCGCAAGACGGACGAGUACCUGGAGAAGGCCCUGGAGUACCUGUGCCAGAUGUUCCGACUCAGCGAGGCUCAGCUGGCCCAGCUCACCCUGGCCCUGGGGACAGCUCAGGAUGAGAAUGGGAAGAAGCAGCUCCCAGACUGCAUCGUGGGUGAGGACGGCCUCAUCCUCACGCCCCUGGGCCGCUACCAGAUCAUCAACGGGCUGCGCAGGUUUGACAUCGAAUACCAGGGGGACUCGGAGCUGCAGCCCAUCCGCAGCUACGAGAUUGCGGGGCUGGUCCGCGUGCUCUUCCGCCUGUCCUCUGCCAUCAACCACAGGUUUGCAGGCCAGAUGGCGGCCCUGUGCUCGAGAGCGGACUUUCUCGGCAGCUUCUGCCGUUACCACCUGAUGGAGCCUGGGCUGGCCGACAAGCGCCUGCUGAGCCCCGUGGGUAGGGCUGGGAUGACCAGCCGUGUCCGGGGCCCUAGGCUGAGUCUGCGCUUCCUGGGAAGCUACCGCACGCUCCUGUCCCUGUUACUGACCUUCUUUGUGGCCUCUCUGUUCUGCAUCGGGCCCCUGCCCUGCACUGUAAUCCUGGUGCUGGGGUACCUCCUCUACGCCAUGGCCAUGACCCUGCUGACUGAGCGAGGCAAGCUGCACCAUCUGUAACCACAGGCGGGAUGGCACGAGGACCACCUGGGCAGCGGGAGGCACCCCGGGCCUGAGCUGGCCCACCUGGCUCUUGUAGGCAGGUGCUUCUGAUGCUGAGGCACCGCCCAGGAGGUAGCAAGGCGAGGACGACGUGCAGUCCCAAGGAGCGGCGGUGAAGAGUGCAGGCGCCCCACAAAGGCCUUGACCCCGACUGAGGGGCCUUUCUCUCCUGGCACCACUUUAGGAUUUCUCCAUGGGAAACGCAGAUGUGGGCGUGUGGUUGGUUCCAGGGAGGGUGGGCCGAGCCUUCCCUGCUCUGCUCUCCCCUUCUCAGCCUUGCCAGGGAUGCGUCUGCUCUCCCUGGGGGAUUCUGGGCUCCUUUCCAAGGAAGGAUCAAAGACCCUGGGAGAAUCCUGAGACUUUGAUCAGGUUCUCCAAUUCCUAACUCUAAGUUUUGCCACCACCUUUGACAAAGCAAGCAAGGGUUGUUGUCCUUUGUCCUUGCAGUAAUUCCAGCCCUGGGUUGGAUGCCUGCUUUGAGAACAGAUCUCCGGGAGCACAGAGGCUAACUAGGAGCGUCUGUCCUCACAGGUGCCUGGGGAGGUCCUGCUUGCUCAGGGCGCUUCUCUCCAGUGCAGGGACUCUGCUGGCUCCCUCGAGUCACAUCUCACCCACCACCUGUUCCAAACCAAAGAUGGCCAAAAGCAUUGCUUGUUAUCUUCAAUAAAAUCAAGUGCUCAGAAACAGUCACCUUUUCAUAAUCUGCAGAUACUCGGACAACAGCCCCCAUUCUCACAGGGUCUUGAAACCUUCAUCUAGCAAUGAUGAACCACAAAGAAUACUGAAUUGUAAUUUUAAAAAAAAAAACAAAACUUUGGUUUUAUUUCCAUGGAGUAUUUUAAAAGAAGCUUUUAAAUGCUGGAUUUUGUAUUUUGGUGUAUAUUUGGAACCUGUGACCAAAAUGUAAGUCAAACUAUUAACCAGAUGUCAAUGUGAAUAAACCCAUUGCUGCCCCAGAGCACUUGGGGCUGCAGAUCUGGCCGCUCACUGGGGGCGGGGCGGAGCGAGGAGCCAUGUGGACUCAGGCAGAUGGCAGCUCUACUAGCCCUGAUGGGAACUGGCUGCCCUCUGACUUGGAACCCAUGCUGGGUUCCCUGCAAGCUGCCUUAUUAGCACAUUAGUUUGCCAUCAUGAAAGCUGGUCAUUUCUGUGGCAUCUGGGAGCUCAAGGAGCUAACCACCAAACAUGCAUGUUGAACUCUGCCUGGCCCAGGCAUGGCAGCUGCUUGGGUCAGUUGAUGGGCAGAGGGAGUUCACAUGGCCUGUCCCAUGGGAUACAGGCUUUGGCUAGCAGGCUUUGAAGAGUGGGCGUUACCCUGAGACCAUGGUCUGGGAUCAGAGAUGAGUGACACUUCCAACAACACCCCCUUCACAGCUGCCCCAUGGAUGGGGAGCCCUCUCCCUGCCUUCCCUAAUCCCCCGUAGCACACUGACUCCCUUUCCCAACAGUCGCUCUUGAGAAUUCCUACUUACUGUCCCAGCCAAUGGCCCAUGAUCAGAGCAGUGCCUUAAGAUGAUGAAGGGGAUGGAGCGAUAGUGUGGGCAGGGUGCUUUCCUUGCACACAGCUAACAGGUUCUCUCUUCCGGCAUCUCGUGGUUCCCUGAGCAGCUCCAGAAGUAAUUCCUGAGUGUAGAGUCAGGAGUAGCCCCUGAGUAUUGCUGGCUGUGGUCCUUUAAAAUAUAUAUAUAGGGCUGGAGCAGUAGCACAGCGGGUAGGGCGUUUGCCUUGCACGCGGCCGACCCGGGUUUGAUUCCCAGCAUCCCAUAUGGUCCCCUGAGCAUUGCCAGGGGUGAUUCCUGAGUGCAGAGCCAGGAGUAACCCCUGUGCAUUGCCAGGUGUGACCCAAAAAUUAUAUAUAUAUAAAGACUUGGGUUUUGGCAGGGGUGGGGGUAUCAGGCCACACCUAAUGGUGCUGAGGGCUCAAUCCUGGCAGGACUCCAGGACCAUAUAUGAUGCUGGGAAUUGAACCGUCUGAGUUGGGUUGACCACCUGCAAGGCAAGUGCUUUACCCACUGUACUAUUUCUCUGGCCCUAGUUAAGUUCUUUCUGCUCAAAGUGGGAAAACUAGCUGGAUAUGCACUUAAGCUUGGGGAAAAAAAGCUGGGACUGAACAAGACAAGUGCUAUAACUCCUGAGCACUGCCGGUGUGACCCAAAAAGAAAAAAAAAAUGGCCCAAACCACAGUGACCAUGAGAACCAAGCCAGGGGGCAGACCUCCUGGUCACAGAGGCUGCAUGCAUGCUGGAUCACCUUACCUUAUCUAUACCUUGUACCAAAGCAUCUACUUAAGUCUUUCAUUUGUACUAUUCCUUCAAAUAAAACCAUUCAGUAGCUUCCUUCCUCCCCAAAAAUAAAAAAAAAAUUGAUUUCUGAGAAAUUCCUCAUUUCAUUCUGGACCAGAUUAACCAUAUUUUGUCAUUUGCCUUGAUUUUCCAAUAGAAGGCACUAUGGAUCUUGGUUUAAAGAUGUUUUAUUAUUUUCAGUUUGGGGUCACACCUGGCUGUGCUCAGGGAUCACUCCUGGUGGAAUUUGGAUACCAAGGAUCAAACUAGGGGUUGACAGCCCGUAAGGCAAAUGUUUUGACCCCUUCCUGUGCUGUAUCUCUAGACCCAUAGUCCCCCUAUUCCCUAGCUGUGACCUCUCCUUCAUUUAAAUGAUUUUCACCUGUGGUCCCUCAGAGUCCCACUCGAGCAUGGAGAACUGACUGCCUUCAAAGUCCUGACCCGGCCCUUUCUCAGCAGCUCUGCCUUCCCCUGCCUCCGCAGUAGCAGCUCAAGCUCCCUCUUGUUCUCCCACUAGUCUUAAGUUUUCAGACACCCCCCCCCCCUUGAGAAAUUCAGAUGUUCACGGCCUCCCGGAUUCAAUUCCUAGCACUACAAGUGGUCCCCUACGCCUGCCAGAAGUGGUCCCUGAGCACUGAGUCAGGAGUAAGCCCUGAGUAGCUUCACCUAAAAAGGCACAAGCUAUCCCCGAAAAACCAAAAAUGUAGGUGCAGCCUAUUGGUGCCUGCCUUGCACACAGCCUAGGUCCAGGUUUGAUCUCCAGCAUCCCAAAUUGUCCCCUGAGCACCGUCAUGAGUGAUCCCUGAGCACAGAGCCAUAAAUAAGCCCUAAGCACCCCGGGUAUGAUGCCAAACCCCCAAAAGAAAAUACCUUCCUGCUCAGAACAUUUUAUCUGCCAAAGUAUUUGACAGUCUUGACAAAACUUGAAUUUUUCUCUUGACUCAAUCACAUUGGUUUGUUUCUCUGCAAGUUUGGAAUUUAAAAUUAUAUUUUAGGCAACAUGCAUGAUGUGUCAUAGAGACUGCAUUCUUUUUUUUUUUCUUUUUGGGUCACACCCAGCAAUGCACAGGGGUUACUCCUGGCUGCAUUCUCUGCAGCCCCGGAGACUGCAUUCUAUUACCAUUUUUUUUCUUUUU